AUGGCUUCCGAUUGGAACCAAAAUGACCUCCGGGCACGCUUCUGCCACGCCCUAUCAGAAAUGUACAAAACAGAAGUGCCCCUAUACGGCGACCUAAUCGACGUCGUCCUAGAAGCAGACACAAAAGCGCUACAAGCAAGCACGAAAUCCGGAGAAGCAGUCCCCAUAAACCCGGACGACGUCCUCCCACUACGACACCGAGUCGAACGACAUGGGGCAAUCCGACUAGGAACCCCACACGAGCUCAGCACGAUUCGACGCAUGUUCGCCGUCAUGGGAAUGUACCCGGUGGGCUAUUAUGAUCUCAGUCUCGCUGGAUUCCCCAUGCAUGCCACAGCCUUCAGGCCGACGACCCAAGAUGCGCUCGCAGCGCAUCCCUUCCGAGUCUUCACGACGGUGUUGAGGAUGGAGCUUCUGACCGCGAAGACGCGGGAAUUAGCGAAGAAAGCGCUGGACCAAAGAAGUAUUUUCACGCCCAGACUUCUUGCUUUGUUGGAUACUGUUGAGUUAAAGGGGUCCUUAACGCCUGAUGAGUGUCUUGAGUUUAUCAACAAUGGAUUGGAGACGUUCAGGUGGCAUUCGAUGACUACCGUUACCCUUGACGAGUACAUGAUACUAAAGGCCGAACACCCUUUAAUAGCUGAUAUUGUUUCGUUCCCUAAUGCGCAUAUCAAUCACCUCACGCCGCGAACGAUCGAUAUCGACCUCGUUCAGAGUCUCAUGGUUGAACAUGGAAUGCCCGCGAAGGAGCGAAUCGAAGGGCCGCCCAAGCGGAACUGCCCGAUAUUAUUACGACAAACUAGUUUCAAAGCUUUGCAAGAAACCGUCUAUUUUGGCGAUGUCUCUGGCUCAGGCGUACCGAUCAAAGGAUCUCACACGGCGCGUUUUGGAGAAGUCGAGCAACGUGGUUACGCAUUAACGCGAAAGGGUCGGCAAUUUUAUGAUCAAAUUUUGAAUCAGGUUAAUGAUCUCGCGGCUGCGAAUCGAAAUCGAAAACUCAACGAUACUACCGAAUACGAAUCUCUACUCGCGAAAUCGUUCAAAAUCUUCCCGGAUACGCUCCCCGCUCUUCGAGAAGAGGGCCUAGCAUAUUUUUGCUAUAGGUUGACUUCAGCCGGCGAGAAGUAUGCAGAGCACCGUGAUGACGACUUCGGUAGAUAUGUACCGCCACUUGGUACAGCGACAGAAUCAGUCCAAGACCUCCUGGACAGAGGAAUUCUAAGCUACGAUCCAAUAACGUAUGAGGAUUUCCUUCCAUUAUCUGCGGGCGGCAUUUUCAAUUCCAAUCUAGGCGACGUCUCCAAGUCUAAGCAGCUCAUUAUGAGCGCCGAGUCAGAUUUGGAUGGGUUCCAGCGUGGUCUGGGUACUUAUGUUGCGGAUGAAUUUCACCUCUACGCAGAGAUGCAACGCGGAUCCCUUGAGGUUUGCAAGCAGAAACUUGGCUUGAGGGAAAUUUCUAUGGCCUAG